AAUGUAGGUAAACGGUACAACCUAACAGGAUCAGCAGAUUUGGCAGUGCUUGGAAAUGCCUUAAACUGGACAUGCAGAAUGUACAUUCCACCUGGAAACAACAUACCUAGUGUUGUCUUUAGAAGAAACAAUAAUCAAGUUGUUGUGAUUGGGUAUAUCAAUUCCACUUGUAUCAUUGAAAGUUCAGCCACUAGAUACAAAUAUCGGUGUUCUUCAGAAUCUAAUUACGUCCUUACUAUACCAGCACAGAACAUGACAGAGUAUGAACAAGCAUCAGUGUGGAGAUGUGAAUAUAUUGAAGGCCAUACCUAUCGUAGUCCUGAUAUGGUGCUUUACAUAGCAAUUGAUGUCAAUAAUAUGUCCAUGAUUCCUACUGAUAAUCCAUUGACAAUUAGAGAAGGUACCCGAAGAGAAGUCAGAUGUGUUGUCAACAGUAAUGCGGUCCCUGCUCCAAUUAUCAGUUGGUAUCUGGAUUCCAAAGACAUCAAUAGCAGAGCUGGGACAGGUACAACCUCUAUCAUUAUAACGGGAAACAGAACAGACAACACAAAGAUGAUAGAGUGUAGAGCUACAAAUAACAACAAAUUUCCGAAAACUGCUUUCACGAUACUCAAUAUAGAAUACCCUCCACACGUAAACUAUUUGCCUCAGCAAAACAUUAUAGAAGGAAGAAACUUAUCAGUCAAAUGUUCAACCACAUUCAGUAAUCCAAGCACUACCACAUUCUUCUGGACUAAAGAUGACAGUCCAGAAUUCAAAGUAAAUGGAGCCAUUUUAAAGAUACCUUUCAUACAGAAAAAUAUAUCUGGUAUAUACAGAUGUACAGCAGUAAACAUCUACAAUAAUUUAGAGAAGGGAUCAGACAGUCAGUCCAUGGUCAUCAAUGUUCUCUACACUCCGAUUGUAAAUGCACUGUCUCAGCAAGACAUAAUAGAGGGAAAAGACUUAUCAGUUGCCUGUACAGCCACCCCUGGGAAUCCUCGCGCUACUUUAUUCUUCUGGACCAAGAUAGACAACCCAGGUUAUAAACAGAGUGGGGCCACUUUACAGUUACAUAACAUACAGAGAACCAGUUCCGGCACAUACAGAUGUACAGCAGAAAACAGCUACAGUUAUGUAGAGAAGGGAUCUGACAGUCAGUCUGUGACUAUCAACGUUUUGUAUCCCCUCAUUGUUAGUAAGCUGUCUCAGCAAGACAUAAUAGAGGGAAGGAACUUAUCAGUCAACUGUACAGCCACCCCUGGUAAUCCUAGCUCUACAACAUUCUACUGGACCAAGGUAGAUAACCCAGGAUUCAGACAGAAUGGACCCACUCUACGGUUACUCAACAUACAGAGGAACAGUUCGGGCGUCUACAUGUGUUCAGCAGAAAACAUCUACACCAGUGGAGAAAAUGGAAUACAAAAUCAGACCAUGGUCGUCAAUGUUCUGUAUCAUCCCACCAUAGAGAACAAACCACUUCAAAUUAUAAAUACGAGUGAAACAGUCACAUUGACUAGACAUAUAUCCAGUAACCCUCCGUCAGAUGUAUCAUGGUAUGACAAGUCAAAGUUGUUGAAAACCCAGAUAUCAGUGUCAACCACUACAUUGACCAAAAAAGACGCCACAUGCAAAGAUAUGAAAAACUAUACUCUUGUUGUCAGUAAUGGAAUAGAAAACACGGUGACAGCAUUGGUGGAACUAAUUGUCAAUUGUGUGCCGAUGCCAAGUCCCACCAAAAUUUCACUUGGAAUUACAUUUGCUUCAGAGAUUGACUUUUCAACUACAGUAAUUGCAUAUCCUGAGCCCCAUUAUGAGUUGAUGUAUAAAAAUGGAAGCAGAAACAAUCAAUGGAAAAGCAACUUAACCAGGAAUACAUUAAAUAAUUUUACCAUUCAUUUCAGUCAGACUGUUUUUGAACUGAUUAGUUUUGAAGUUCAUCACUUAGUAGUCAGAAACGCAUUGGGAGAAGCAACUGUAUUAGUCAAUGUUUUCAAACAAAGAAAACCAGACAUUCCAAGAGACAUAAAAGUUAUAUGCGAAUUCUUAAAAGCCAGAGUACAAUGGAUAUCUUCUUUUGAUGGCGGCGAUCCCCAAAAGUUUAGUGUUAUGAUUUUGAAUGGCCUUGAUGGAAAAAGUCUCCCUUAUCGUUUUCCCGAUGAGGGUGAAAACAAAACACAUGUCGCAUUUGUCCACAAUCUUCAACCCUCUGUGACGUAUUGGUUUUAUGUAACUGCAAAGAACAGUCAAGGAUCUAGUACCUCUGAAGUCACCAGCUGUAAGACUGUAGAAGAAACAACAAGCUCUCAGACAGGAGUAGUUGCUGGAAGUGUUGGAGGGGCGCUGGUGUUGGUUACCAUUGUACUGAUCCUUGGGAUUUUUGCUCACAGGCGAUACACGUGUAUCAUAGCAUUUGAAGAAAGAAACAGGGAUAAAGAAGUAGACACAGAGAAAGAUGCAUCUAACUAUACAACCAUAAAAGAACAACAGGAUCAUACACAAAGAGACAUGUACGACGACUUAACACCAAAUGAGAACGCUAACCAAUACGAAGCUAUUCUUCAAAAAGACAAUCAUGGAAAUAAUGAAAAAUUGUAUGAACAAUUGCAAGAGAGUGUUGCAAAGGAAGGACAUUCCAAAAACCGGAACAUACCGCUCAAAACUAAAGAUUCAAGCGAUGAUGAAUUUGUGCCACUAGAUGCUGAAGAAUAUGCGAACACAUCAUUUAUGAAGUUAACCUUUAUCCACGUAUGCUUCUAAGCCAAUUUUAGAGUGCUUUAAAGUGUUCUGAGGAGACUUUGUAAUGGUUAAAGCAAAGUUAUAUAUGAAAUCUUUAUAUGCAUAUAAUAUAUGGAUUAAUUAUUGAAUGUGAGUUUAUUGAUUUUACAUCGAAUUGAUGUUUUAUUCUGUUUUAUUCUCUAUCUUCAAAGACGUUUGUUGUUUUGUAGAGUAAAGUUGUAAGUAAAGUAAAUCAAUGAAUACUUUAAUUUUUACUUUAAACUUCAGGUAUGUACAUGUUUAUUUCAAGUUUAAAAUAAAUAGUUAUUCCUUUACAUAACCUAUGCACACAUUUUGUUCAUUUAUUUAUGUAAUUUGCAUAUCGUUUGCAUCAAUAUAAACGUUUUUGUACAACAUUCAUGUUUUAAAAAACAAAAUUAACCACUACAUUAUGGAACCAAGAUAUGCAAUUUAUUAUUGUUGCUAUUUAUAUCAUAUACAUGUAUUUACAUGAACAAAAUGGAGUUAAACAAACUAGCAUAAACACGUGUGUA